UGAAAUGAAAAGUAACCCAAGGCGUUUAGGAAAAUAACCGUAAAAUGGGUUUAAUAUACAGAGUGGCGGUCAUAAAUCAAGAAGGUCAGCUCAUUAAAUCCUUCGAGAAGAAUCUAGACUACCCUGAAAUAGAAAAGACCUUUUCCUACCCGUUAGACAUUCAGCUCAAACUAUCAGACAAAGGCAAGCGAGUUGUGGUAGAGUUCGGAGAAAGAGAUGGAGUCAAAAUUGGACACGCUAUUUCGGCUAUAAAUGGAAAACAGACUCUGGGGCCGAGGACAGCAAGUGGUCAAUGGAUUCUAACUUUUCUGAGCGAACCUCAAAAUUUCCCACUAUCUAUACGAUUCUGUAGACCCAAACCGACUUCCGAUGAGGAACUUACUAUGUAUAGUUUACUCUAUACCAUGUACGCCAUGAGUGCUACCUUAUCGCCUGUUGCUAGCGACUCAGGCUUCGAACAGAUUGACGGAGAUAACUUCAAAGUGAAUAUAUUUCAGACAGUGACUGGAAUUAAGUUCAUUGUGGUAUCCGAUUUAAAACAGCAAAACAUGGACGUACUGUUUUGGAAGAUAUACGAACUUUACAGUGACGUGUUGAAGGACCCGCUGUACAAAAAUAAUUCUCAGCCAAUUAAAAAUCCUUUGUUUGAUAAUGCGUUGCAGUUUGCUAUUGAACAAUUUGAGAGAACGGGCAAUGUCAGUUGAUUGUAUUUGGUUAUUCGAAAUUUAAUUGUAUAAUGUUUAUUUAGAGGCAGUAUCAAAUACAAUUUGCUACAAAUCGA